AAAGACCACGAGUGUUAAAUUUUCGCCGUCACUACGAAUCAGGGAACAUGAUGGAUAAGCUGAGGAUAAAAGAGUUCCAAGGCAUGAAGAUAUCAAGUGUCUGCCAAUAAUCCUUAUUAGGUAGCUGGGCUGCUGAGCUGCUGAGCUGGCCCCCACACAAUCAAACAGGGAUGAUGUCUUGGGUGACCUGGGUGAUCUGGCUGACUAUAGGUAUAGAUAUACGAAAUGUUGCACAGGGUGGAUACGGAUGAAUGUCGAAAGGCAUUCCUUCGUUUUGAAUUUUCGCCAGUCAUACAAUUUAACGUGAAUUCUCUUAUUCUCACCUCUCCCCCAACGAUAUGUAUACCUAAUGUAUGUCAUAUAGUUUGGUUGCAACCUCGCGAUGUUGACCUCUUUAGCGAUACCGACGUCAUGCGUGACGGAUAUAUGGGUAUGGUCAACCGGGACAGCAACGGGAGUCCAGCUUGGUAACCUCUACGAUUCAAGCUGCUGGCCUGGGAGCAGGGACUUAGCGACGACGAUCUCGCCUGCAAUCUGUCCGGCUGGAUAUACUAGCGCGUGCAAUGCUUCACCCUCAAAAGAUGCUAGCGAAACCGUAUGGGCCUGCUGCCCAACGGGAUUUUCCUGCGACGGCGGCUUCUUCUCUUGCCUUUCGGGUGGCAAGGAAACGAAAACGUACGUCGUGACCGGGCGUGAUCGCGCUGGAAACACUCUCACAUCGACACUUGCAACGGAAAGCGGAAUAAAUGCGCAUUCGAUCCGAGUAGCAUUUCAUUCUUCCGACCUUUUCGUCUCGUCUACUUCCACCACUUCAUCAUCAUCUACUUCUAGUACCAGUUCAUCACAGUUUCCAACGUCAACUUCGAGCUCAGGUUCAGGCGACUUAUCGGUGGGGGCUAAGACCGGCAUUGGAAUCGGCGUUGGUCUCGGUGGCUUGUUACUGUUCUCGUUACUUGGCUGGCUGGCGUGGAGAAGGCACAGGAACAAGCGACUGGCUAACGGACAAGACCCCUCUGUUCGCCAGCAAUCGUACGUAGGAACCACACAGUAUCCCAAGGCUAAUCCGGUCACGCCCACGACGAAGAUGAACGUGACGAAUAACGUGCCGGGCAUACACGAACUUGGCACGGAACCAUACGCUGAGCUCCCAGCCGAGAUACCGACCAGUAAUAGGAGAGAUGGAUGAGAGAGUUCAGACACACCAAAAAUUGUUAUUAUCAUUCUUUUCUUCUGCUGAUCCUGCCUUUGGUGGUAAGAACGUCACUAAUACACAACAACAGUCAAUAAUUUUAUUACCGUCAAAUGGGGUUAUGGCAGGAGAAAGUAGAUAGAGAAACUUCAACUGUAAAUUUAAAAGAGCGCAAAGUUAUAAAUAACGAAUAAAGGUCCUAGCGGUUAUGCGGGGCCUGUUAAUAAAUAUAAAUUCUUCAUGGAAGCCUCCGAGCAUGGUUGUUGCGAAUUCGAUGAAUUUCUUGUUUUGCC